UGGUCUAACAGUUAUCAGCUUAGUUAUUGAAAUUCAUGCAUUAGAGUUGUUGACCUUGAUUUUUGUUGGGUUUGUUGGGCCUUUAAAGGGAGGCACAGUAACUCAAUGGGGAAGAUUCUGGCUCGCUAACCAGAUGGUUGUGGAUUUGAUCAUUGUGGUUUCCCUAUGUCAGUUGUGCAGGAAGGAGGGAACAGCAUUUCAUCACUCCACUGUCUGGUCACAAUUUCACUCUUAGCACACUCAUUUACUUCAUCAGCCCCGUUCACCAGUUGGUCCAGAAUUAUAGGACUUAAAUGUCAUUUCGUUUGAAGGUACAAUUUGAUUUUCUGAUCAAAACAUACACCUCGAGGGAGUUAAAAGCCCGCUUAUUUGGAAGGCCACUACAAUCACUGACAGGGAUGACAUCAGUAUUAUUUAACUGAGAAUCAGAGUCAUUUGGUUGGAGGUUAAAGGUUAGGAUAAAAACCUUACAAGAUAACAGAAUUAAAUAAGUUGAACAGAUUCAAGUACGACACACAUAAAGAAUACACGCGUUUAUGAAGGUAAAAUUUGUUAUAGACUGUGAGCAGAGUUUCAAACAAACUAUUUUGAGAAGUAGUCCAGCAAACUAAUUAGUAGAUAUGGCAGCUAAAGUAGAAGUGGUAGUGAAGAAUGUAGCUGAGACUGUGGGAGAAGGACCUCAUUGGGAUGAUAAAACACAAAGUCUCCUUUAUGUAGAUAUUAUGUCUAAUGAUGUCUACAAAUGGAAGCCAGAAACUAAGGAGAACUCUAAAAUUCAUUUAGAUGAUUUUGUGUCAUUGGUUGUACCGACUGAGAAGAAUGACUAUAUUAUCUCCCUUGGUAAAAGCUUGGCACGUUUAGACUGGAAUACCCAGAAAGUGACCGUUUUAAAAGAAUUUGAUAGUACUAUUGCGACAAGAUUUAAUGAUGGAAAAUGCGAUGCUUCAGGAAGAUUAUAUGCAGGUACCAUGAGUUUAGAAUCAGCUCCAUGUGUAUUAGAGCAUGAAUGUGGUUCAUUAUAUAGUUAUGGCGUUGAUGGAACCAUCCAGACCCAUGAAACAAAAGUCACGAUAUCUAAUGGUUUAGCAUGGACUCAAGAUAAUAAAACAAUGUAUUACAUAGAUUCUACUCCAAGAAAAGUUUAUGUUUAUGACUUUGACCUGGCAUCCGGAAAAAUGUCAAAUAGGAGAACAUUAAUCAAUUUUCCUGAUUAUGAACCAGGGGAGAUAAUGGGUUUACCUGACGGUAUGACAAUUGAUACACAAGAUAAAAUAUGGGUAGCAUGUUACAGUGCUGGUAGAGUUGUGCGCUUUGAUCCAGAGACUGCAAAAAUAUUACAGGUUGUCAAAAUUGAUGCCGUAAAAACCACAUCAUGUUGCUUUGGAGGAAAGAAUUUGGACGAACUUUAUGUCACCAGUGCGAAAGCAGGCUAUACCGAAGAAGAAUUUCGAACCAAAGACCCUCUAGCAGGAUCUAUAUUUAAAGUAUCUGGUUUAGGCGUUAAAGGUUAUCCAGCCUACCCUUUCCGUGGAUAAAUUAUUAAACAAACUGUUUUAAAGAUUUUAAAGGGUAAUAUAUAUAACAUGGGGUAGAGCAGGGAUCUACCAUAUUUGAGAUAAUAUAUUUACAUACCUAUAUUUCUCAAUGGUGUGGGUAACGAAAAAGAUCCAGAAUUUUGCUCAUUUAAAAUGAAUGUAUUAUAUUGCAUAUGAAAUUAUAUAGUCAUGAUUCUUAACCACAUGCAAGCUUGUUUCAAUACACAAAUAUAAACUACCUGCUGUAUAUAGAAGUACUAUAUUAGACAUUUUUCUGUUGAUUUUAGGCACUAGUUACUGAUGGUUUCUGUAUUUCAUGACAAACUAUUUCUUAGUGCUUAGGGCUAUUCCUACAUUUCAUUUUACAAAGUAUUUCUUAGUGUUUAUAGCUAUUUCUGUAUUUCAUGUCACAAACUAUUUCAUAAUAUUUACAGCUAUGUCACAAACUAUUUUAUAAUAUUUAGAGCUAUUCCUGUAUUUCAUGACAAACUAUUUUAUAAUGUUUACAGCUAUUCCUGUAUUUCAUGUCACAAACUAUUUCAUGGUGUCUACAGAUAUACAUGGACAUCAUGACACAGAAUUUUUUUAUUAUAGUGGUUACAGUUAUUUCUGUAUUUUAUGACACAAACAAGCGUCUUUUAUGAUUAUGAUACAGAUCUAAAUUUCAUUUCAUUUCUUUUAUACUUUCGAUAACCUAACUGGUUUAUAGUGGAAGGUAACAUCAGGGGUCAUAUAGGUGAAUUUUGAAUGAAUGAUGUAGAUAUUUCUAACCCCUCAAUAGUUGACAUUGUGCACAGCUCUGCCAAAAACCUUGAUUAAAAAGACUAUUUUAUUGGCUUAUCUGCUUUAGUGUAAUGUAAUGUAGACAAAAAAAAAGGGAUAAAAACAAAGUUGUACUUAAAAAACGAAACAGGAUCUGUGUUCUAAUUUGACUUACCAAUUUGUUAUAUAAUUUGUCUGUUGAUCAAAUUUUUGGAUUGAUUAUUUGUUUACCUUAUCUGUGAUGAGAAUCAUCUUUUUGUGUUCAUUUAUAUCCUAAUUAGAAACACCUGUGAUAAGAGCUGUAAGAAAGAAAAUUGAUAUAUAUAUAUAUAUAUUGCAAUACUGAUUUUCAUCAAUACGAAAUUUGACGAAUCUAUAUAUUUGCUAUACUUUCAAAUACACUAUUUGAAUUUUAAAAAUAAUUUAUUGUUUGGAAACCACUUUUAAUUAUUUAUUAAAAUUUAUGUAAACAGUGGUAAAAUAAAAGGAUUUUUGUACAAUAUUGAUAAGACAUUUAUUUUCUGUAUAUUUAAUUUUAAUGCAGCAUUUGUAUUAAAAGAAGUAUAUUAAUAGUUUUUGCCCUGGUAGCAGUUAUCUUGUGUGGCGAGGCUACUUACCUUUGCUCAAUUUUGCCAACUUUGUAAGUGGCCUACUGGUUAGGAUUAACUUGUGCUUGUCUUAUUGCCAAUGUGUGGAAUAUAAAUUAUAAGCUAAGUUGUUUAAUUAUGUUUUAUUUGUAAUAUUAAUUUAAUGGUAGGUACCACAAUUGCAUGGCUAUAAUUUGUUAUAAAUCCAUUUGUAUUCAAUAUUUUUAUAUACAUGUUUUUAAUGUGUGCCUUAUUGGCUAGGUGACUAAAACAAUAAAAUGGCUAUUAAA